UGCUCCCAGCAUCCUCUUCUCUCUGCCUCCCUCUCUCUUUCUCUAUAAAGAUCAAACUCAUAUUAGGAUAAAUGCACAUCUGGUGGUUCUCUCCUCAUCACUAACAUCAGCACAGCGUGGCCUCGGGGUCCGGCAUGUCGUUGUCAAGGAAGCACGAACGCUUCUUUUGAGCGUCCGCUUCAUUACUGCCGCGCGCCCGUCUCACCUUUAGUCCAGACGAGAAAGAUGGCCGCCGCCGCCAAGCUGCUGACCAGCGCGGGCCUGCUGCUGGCGUUCGGCUCACUGUGCCUGCUCGCCAUGGCUAUCUGCACCGACUACUGGUACGAGACGGACGCGCGGCGGCACCGCGAGCGCUGCAAGAGCUACGCGAGCAACCGCAACGACCCGGGCUACAUCUCCAUCUCGAAUCGCAACCUGCCUCUCCGGAUGCCGCCGGAAAUCAGUGAUGGAGCGCUGACCAGAGAGAAGCGGCACCUCGCUGCUCCGCUGGCAGCUAUGGAGUCGCACUGUAGCCGCCGGUUCAAUUCCACUGUGUCGGGUCUGUGGAGGAAGUGUUACCGCGACGGCUUCGACCUGGAGACGGACGAGCUCAUCUACAGAGGUGUGAUUCAGAGAUGCACUCCAGUGACCUAUCACUACACCUCCUCCAUCCUUCCCCGAAAUCUCCCUGUCAACAUCACUAAAACUAUUCGGCAAGAUGAGUGGCAUGCUCUACAUCUGCGCAGGAUGACUGCAGGCUUUGUGGGCAUGGCUGUCUCCAUCAUCCUCUUUGGGUGGAUCAUUGGGGUGUUGGGCUGCUGCCAGCAGCACGACCUCAUGCAGUAUGUAGCUGGCCUACUCUUCCUCAUGGGAGGAACCUGCUGUAUUAUCUCCCUGUGCACUUGUGUGGCAGGAAUCAAUUUUGAGCUGUCAAGGUAUCCUCAAUACUUGUACGGCCUUCCUGAGGACAUCAGUCACGGCUACGGCUGGUCCAUGUUCUGUGCCUGGGGAGGGCUGGGUCUUACGUUACUGGCCGGCUUCCUGUGCACCCUCGCACCAUCUUUAAGCAGCCCCUCAACCCAUACAACCGUCCACAAACCAAGGCAUGAGAAUGGCACUGUGUGAGAAACCUUCCCACAAAUUUUACACAUCAGCACAGGAUGCUGGUCAUCGUCAUUAUCACCACAUCACCACACACACACACACACACACACACACACAUAUAGACUGCUGAAAUCACCCACCAUCCAGUUUAACACCUCUCAUCGGCAUUAGGACAAGUGCUCGAGGUGGCUGGAUAAUAAUAUUCGUCUCCUGCAUGGCAGCUAGUGACGUGUAACUGUACACAACAAAGUAGAUUGAGCGUUCACUGUCAUUCCUCAAGCACACGACAUAAGACACUGUCAGGAUAGUUUCAGCAUAGGAAAUGUACAUAACCACACACACACUGUACACAUAUAAACCAUUCCAACUAAACAUUCCACCUUUUCCAAAACCUACACUGAAAAAGAUGUCCAAAAGGCGAUUUUUCUAUUUCUUUAUGAACAUACAUUCUAAAAUGGUGCUCUCUGUUCACAGUACCACAUGCACAAGCAUUUCAAAAAGUCAGGACUAGCAGGGACAAACUCCAUCUGGAAGCCAUGUUUUUUUAUCUUUAGCUAGACUACUGCUUUUUUUUUUUUUAACCCUGAUCAGGAACUGUAUAAACAUCACCAAGCUCUUUGUGCUUCAUUAAAAAACUGACCUUGUAGCAUUGGUAUUUUCCUAAAGCCUGUAUUGCUGCAGUGCAAAAAAAAACUAGCCUGCUACAGCAUUUCCUGAAUAGAGCUUUAAAAAAAAGCUAUAUCAGCAAGAAAAACAAGCAGAAAAAAAAUGCUACACUAGUUUUCACUGAGCUGAAGGAUCUGGAUUUAUUGAUGUAAAGACUGUGACAUAAGGCUGAGGACUUUACUGAAGAGGAACACAGCCAUGAGAGGGAGGAAAGGAUUUGUGGAAUUAUGAGAUAAAAGAAACAUUAAAGGUUGGAUUGAAACAUCGACGCAUUAGUGAAGCAAACUUUCUCUAGCUUCCGCGUCUUUAGAAAUCCAUUUUUUCUAUAGAAUUCAUCCCACUGUUUAUAAGAAACAAGGCUUAGCAAAAAUUUGGGCUUUUUUUUUUGUUAUGCUGACACAGGGCAACUUCACUGUUUUGCCGGAUUGGAAACAUUUCAAUCCUCGAGAGCACACAGUAUAAAUAAUUGAGCUUACUUUAUUAACAAUGCUUCUCUGAACAUCACAUCUUCACGUAUACUGUUGUGCGGUCACACUAGGAAUCCUAAUUAUUUAUAAUCAAUUAUAAAAAUGGAGAAAACUCCUUUAUAGUUGUUUUCUCUCCCACAGGGCUUUGAGAUCUUUCCUAAAAAAACAUGAAGAGGCAUGAAGCCUGGGAUCCACCUUUUACAAAUAACAAUGAGUGGUGCAAAGAAAGUGUCCCAAUGUUGUAGUCAAGGUACACUGGUUUGUAACGUACUGUAAUGUAAAUUUUACCCAGACUGCACCUUGGCCGUAGAUGUCGGGGUAGGCUUUACAGCAAAAAUGUUCUAAUGAUACACAAUAUGUAUAACAAUUCUUACUAAUGAAGUGCCUCCAAAAAAUACACAGCCACAUUUAAUAUAGUGUUAUAAAAGUCAGUUUUAUAGUAGUACUGACAAAUAAAUUGUAUCUUAUACCACAGGGCUGUUGAAUCCUCAAUUCUGAUUGGACAGAAGGUGUUGAUUCAUUAACAAAGGCAGCAGCUCUGCCGCUAGUACUAGUUGUAAAUUUAAUUACAGGUUUAUAUUAAAGAUCUCGUUUUAAUACCCUGUCAUCUAAAUUGGUUGAUGCUCACAUAAACAUUACUAUAAAAACCCUGUGUAAUUGUUGAUAUAGUGACAUUUUCUGUAAGGAGAACUGUAUUUAUUUGGAAUAUUUGGAAGGCAUUGUCAGUAUCAGUGUUAAUGACUGUCAGAGGCACAAGAAAGUCUUGAGAACUGUCUAGUUUUUUGGUAACGAUGCUUGAUUCUUUCACGUGAAAUAAAAACAAGGGGCUAGGAAAGAAAUGACUGUUUUAGCUGCUAUAACGUAAGCGAUAACAGGAACUAAUAUAUUUUUUAGACACACCACAACAUUAUCUGUAACCAUAUACUAUUAAAAUGUAUGACGGAUUCUUAGUUAAUGGAAAAUUACUGCGGUAUAAAGAGAAAUAAAACACUUCAGGAAUUGCUGUUAUAGAACUCAACUUUUGGGAGAUAACAGCUUUGCAGCAUUGCACCUCCCAGUCAAUGAUUAUUUCUCUAUCAAUAUUUAUUCUUUACAUUGAAAUAUCAGUCUCAUACUGUAUAUAGUCCCUGCCCUAGUUAUAUUCCUCUGUAAUGAACAGACUGAGAGACACAGAGCUCUACUGAAUUCAUGAGAAAACGGGUUUGAGGAUGUAAGACAUCAACAGUUUAUUCCCAUCGGAUUUAGGCCUGCUUUUUUAAAUGGGGUGCACCGAUUUGCACAUUUUAUGAUGUAGACAUGGAAUGUACAAAAGCACAUUAAUAUUACUUGCCAUGAUUGAAUAUGAGUAUAAAAUCACAGGUGCGGUUCUUGCUCUGACAUGUUUCAGAAGAAAUCUGAAGAAUUAUUAGAAAAUUAGCGAAUAAGCAAUUGAUAAGAAACACAGCUACAUCCUUAGCACACAAAACGUUGCAAGCAAGCGGAAAAAGCACAAUGUACGUGUUCAGAAUCACCAAGCAGCUAAAUGACUGAAAUUGACACCAUUUACUUUGGCACCAGAAGUAGCACCAUUUUCAUUUUGGGUGAUCUGGGGGUCUAAGGGUUUAUUUCAUGAAGCACAGGACUCAUUGUCUAGCAUGACACUGUUAUGGUGAAUUUAUUUCAAUGUAUUGAGAGACUUGUGUUCAUUUUUUAAUAUGAUUUUUAUUUUCCAGGAAAUAAAAUGUAAAUACUGUGUAACAUU